UGUUAAUUCUUAAUUUUAUGACUUGGCAUUAUUGAAAAAAAGAAUUUUAUCAGUAGUUUUCCAAUAAUAAUUGGAGCAAUAUUACUAGUAAAAUAAUUUAUUAAUAAUAAAUAUAAUAAAAACAACCAGUGAGGACAACGAUAAAUACGUUUGAUCAGUUUUUUUACAUAUUGAUCAAGGUUUCGAUUGUAGAUCUUCAAUCAUGAAUUGUCUAAAGGUUAUGAAUCUUUGGCGUAUGAUCAAAGUCCAUCCAGAUAUAAGAUCUAUAACUUCAACAGUAUCACUUCCAGAGACUCAUCGCAUGCUCCAAAAAACUGUCAGGGAUUUUGCUGACAAUGAAUUAUCUAAAGUAGCUGCUCAAAAUGAUAAAGAACACAAAUAUCCAGAAGAGCAAAUUAAAAAAAUGGGAGAACUAGGAUUAAUGGCAAUAGCAACACCUGAAUCUCUAGGAGGAACUGGUCUAGAUUACAUGGCUUAUGCUAUUGCAUUGGAGGAAAUUUCUAGAGGUUGUGCUAGUGCUGGAGUAAUUAUGAGUGUCAAUAAUUCUUUAUAUCUUGGACCAAUAGAAAAAUUCGGCACUCAAAAACAGAAAGAGAAAUACGUUGAGCCAUUUACAAAUGGGAUCCAAGUAGGUUGUUUUGCUUUGAGUGAACCAGGGAAUGGAUCUGAUGCAGGUGCUGCAUCUACUACUGCUAAACUAAAUGAUGGAAAAUACAACAUUAAUGGAACAAAAUGUUGGAUUACAAAUGCAUAUGAAGCUAAAGGAAUUGUUCUCUUCGCUACAACUGAUAAGUCAAAAAAACAUAAAGGAAUCAGUGCAAUAAUAGUAGAUUCUCCAACAAAGGGACUUACAAUUGGAAAGAAAGAAGAUAAAUUAGGUAUUAGAGCAAGUAGUACUUGUUCAUUAAUAUUUGAAGAUUGUCAAGUUCCAGAAGAAAAUUUAUUAGGAGAGCCUGGUAUGGGAUUUAAAAUAGCUAUGAUGACUCUUGAUGCAGGAAGAAUCGGAAUUGCUAGUCAAGCAUUAGGAAUAGCUCAAGCAUCACUUGAAUGUGCAAUUGAGUAUGCUAGUAAACGGACUGCCUUUGGUAAUGCGAUUAUAAAACUUCAAGCUAUUCAACAGAAAAUAGCAGAUAUGUCUUUAAAAAUUGAAAGUGCUAGAUUAUUAACAUGGCGUGCAGCUCAUUUAAAAGAUCUUGGAAAACCAUUUACAAAAGAAGCGGCUAUGGCAAAGUUAGCUGCUUCUGAAGCUGCUACUUUUUGCUCACAUCAAUGUAUUCAGGUACUUGGUGGGAUGGGCUAUGUAACAGAUAUGCCAGCAGAGCGUUACUACAGGGAUGCUAGAAUAACAGAAAUAUACGAAGGAACUUCUGAAAUUCAGAGAUUAGUAAUUGCUGGUAAUAUUAUUAAGGAAUAUGGUUUGAAUUAAGACUGUUUAAUAUUUUUAUACUUCUCAGUAUAUUUUUAGGAAUUCUUUAUCUAAUUAAAUAAAUAAUAUUUAAGAGAUAUUUUUUAUACUAAAUUAGUCUAAUUAUUAUUUUUUAACUCAAAAUCUUUCAACAAUCAAUGCAAUUUUUAAAAUUAUGUUAUAUAUAGAUAAUACACAUUAAUAAAUUUUUACACAUUAUUUAUUAUUAAUAAAGGAGAAAAUAAAUAUAUAUUUACAUCUCAAUUUACUCUUCAAGUUUAUUAGCUUCAUAAUUAUGUGAAUUUGACAUUAUUUCAUUUUAAUUGUAUACAUAUGUAUAAUAUAUACAUAUAGAUAUUUUAAAAUUAAACUGUAAUCGGACCUUUGGCAGCAUUGCAAUCAACUCAGCCCAUAAUUAAUUUUAUUACAAUUAAUAUUCUUUGCCUUCACUAUUUUCAUUUUUUUUUUUUUUUUGAAGUAGACGAACUCUUCUAAACUGUGAAGAAUAAUGUAUUUUUGGAGAUUUAAGUAAACAUAUUGCGUACAAUAUAAUUGAAUUUUAAAAGCAAAUCAUUAUAUCAAUCAAUUGAAUUUUAUCGCCAAUGAUUAUAAUUGAUUAAUUUUUCAUAUAAUACAAGCAUAAACUUUAUGUGUAAAUUAUAUUCAUUCGUUAUCCUUUAAUAUUUUUGUCGUAUUUUAUUGACACAAAUUAAUUGGCGACUGAAAAUUCAAAACUUCAGUAAUCGACUUAGAAUAAUUAUUCUACCAAUAAUAUACAGUCAGAGAGAGGUACCUUGUUACAUAUUUCGUGUUAGAAGAAUUUUUGUGCAAACGACAAUUUACUUCGAUUUGAUAAUCAUGUGCAUUUGUUGCUAUUGCUUUUAUUUUCUGUUCUUAUGAUCAGCAUUAUUUCAACUACUUUAGUUUAAUCGCGUUCAUUAGACAAAUGUAAUAUUAACUUUAAAUUUUAUUAAUCUUUCUAUUAAUUUGUAGAAUUUCAAAUAUUGAAUUAAAUGAUAAUUAACAGUAGUAACGGUACGCUUAAUUAUUGAGAUCUUUCAUAUCUUAAAAGAGGAUCAUAUCAAGUACUCUCCCAUCGGAAUGCAAGCGAAGCUAAUUAACGCACGCAUCAUUUCACCCUUUUUGAAUUUUCAUAUAUGAUUUUUUUUUUUAUAUGUACAAUGUUUAGCCACUCGGUUUGCUUAACAUCAUUAUCAUAAUUUUAUAUAGCACACUCUGUAAUUUUUUUUUUCUCAUUUUCUAUCGUUAUUGUACAUAAUACGAGCGUUUGUGAAAUACUCACGCAUCAAAGUUAACUCGUUUACAUAUAAUAAUAAUAUACUUUGUUAAAAUUCGUAUGGCUGUUAUUUUUUUUUUUUUUAUUCCUUUUACUUUAAUUA